GUCUCCACGCGGGUCGUUCGCCGUCCGUCUCGCCUCGCUGGCGUCGCCCAGCGUUGCCCGUCAUGGCGCGCUCACCUCUCUCGCGGUUCAUGGCGUUGUUCGUCGUCCCCCCAGCACCGUUGGUCGCCCCGCGCGUCAUAUGGCGCGCCUCGCUUUCGCGGCGCUCGUCGCGUUCCUCGUAAUCGCGUGCACAUCACUGAUGAUAGUCGCGCGCACCGAGAAAUCGGCGCCACAGCGCGAACUAUCUCGAAGAUUCUGUUCGCUCGCUCGCGCGUCAAGCCUUCGCGGUGCUCCAAGUUUUUUUACCUGUCACUGAUUGUCGCUUAUUGAUUUUUAAUUUACGUGAAAAUGCAUACCAUAAUCAUGAUUCGCUCCUAUUCUCGGACAUGCGAUCGUAAUGCGGAUAAGCGAUGCACCAAGAAAAACAACGUCAUCGAUGUGUACCAUAAAGAUGUUUUCAAUUUUGUUGAUGAUCAAAAUGGUUUAUUUUGUAGACACACUCGAUGUUUCCUCACAAUGUAGAUUCGCGAUAUUUAAGUUAGAAGAGAAAUUAAUGAAUAUAGGUAUUAUUGUAUGAAUUAAAUGCGAAUCAAUCAUGACGAGUAACGUAGCAAUCAUAAAAUUAGAAGAAGGACAAGAAUCUGUCACAGAGAUACAAGAAUCUGUCACAGAGAUACAAGAAUCUGAUACAGAGAUACAAGAAUUUGGAAGAUACAAGAAAUUGGAAGAGGGACAAGAAUCUGUCACAGAAAUACAAGAAUCUGUCACAGAGAUACAAGAAUCUGUUACAGAGAUACAAACUUACUUAGAAACAUUUAAUAAAGAAAUAGAAGGAGGGCAAGGAGAACAACUGCAUGUGCAAUUACAACAAGUGGAGGAUUUAUAUCAAACUGUCACGAUUGUACCAUCUGACACAAAUCCUGGAGAAGUUAGUUACAUUUUGAUAGUUCAGCAACCUGAAUCUGAAGAAAAAGAAAGUGAACCUGUGGAAAAUGAAACAAUAGCAGCAACAGCUACAGCAGCAACAGUAGAAGGAGAGGAGGCAGAAGGAGAGGAGGCAGAAGGUGAACAAGAUCUCACUGUAUAUGAUUUUGAGGACAAUGAAGAUAAUGAGGCUCCAGUGGAAUCCGAGGCAGAAGAUGAUAAGACUAAAAUUGUUAAAUUUCUUCCUAAAAAAUCUCAAACUGUAACGCAGGCCCAUAUGUGUAACUACUGCAACUACACCAGCCCAAAACGGUAUCUCUUAUCACGACACAUGAAAUCCCACUCUGAAGAAAGACCACAUAAAUGUAGCGUUUGUGAGAGAGGAUUUAAAACUUUGGCUUCGCUUCAGAAUCAUGUCAAUACUCAUACUGGGACCAAGCCUCAUCAUUGCAAAUUUUGUGAGAGUGCAUUUACGACUUCAGGUGAACUUGUAAGACAUGUUCGGUACAGACAUACCCAUGAAAAACCGCAUAAAUGUCACGAAUGCGAUUAUGCAUCUGUUGAGCUAUCAAAACUAAAAAGACAUAUUAGAUGUCACACAGGCGAACGACCUUAUCAGUGUCCACACUGUACAUACGCAAGUCCAGAUACAUUUAAAUUGAAACGCCAUCUUCGCAUUCAUACUGGAGAAAAACCAUAUGAAUGUGAUUUUUGUCAAGCAAGAUUUACUCAGUCUAACAGUUUAAAAGCACAUAAAUUAAUACAUAAUGUAGGCGAUAAACCAGUAUUUCAGUGCGAAUUAUGUCCAGCUACAUGUGGUAGAAAAACGGAUCUCAGGAUCCAUGUGCAAAAAUUACAUACUUCAGACAAACCUUUAAAAUGUAAACGUUGUGGAAAAACAUUCCCAGAUAGAUAUAGUUAUAAGUUGCAUAGCAAAACUCAUGAAGGAGAGAAAUGUUACAAGUGCGAUUUAUGUCCAUACGCGUCUAUAUCGGCGCGUCAUUUGGAGAGUCACAUGCUCAUUCAUACCGAUCAAAAGCCAUACCAAUGUGAUCAUUGCUUUCAAUCAUUUAGGCAAAAACAGUUACUCAAACGGCACUGCAAUCUUUAUCAUAAUCCUUCCUAUGUUCCUCCACCACCGCAAGAAAAAACGCACCAAUGUCCCGAAUGUGAAAGAGCAUUUAGACAUAAAGGUAAUCUUAUUCGACAUAUGGCUGUUCAUGAUCCAGAAUCAUCUUUACAAGAGAAACAACAGGCUUUGAAAAUUGGCAGGCAGAAAAAGAUACAAAUUAUCGACGGUCAACGUGUUGAAGUAAUGACAGGUGAUUUAGCUUCUAAACUUAAAGGUUAUGAAGAUGAAGAAGAGGAAGAAGAUGAAGACGACAUGAUGGCAGUUCAAGGCAGUGAUGGUCAACAAUAUGUCGUACUUGAAGUCAUCCAGUUAGCUGACAAUCAAGGAACAGAUCAGAUGGCUGUAGUUGCAAAUGAGGAUGGAGAACUAGUAAUGCAAGAUCCUUUAAGUCAAGAAAGUAUAGUAGCAGAAACGGGCGAAGAAGGAGUGGAAGAAGAUAUAGAAAUGCAAGAUUUAAAGAUAGAAUCCAUUACCUCCAGUCCACCUAAAUCUUCAACACAGAACACACAAAGUGAUUCAAAGUUGCAAAAGGAAAUGGAAACUUGUUUUGGAUUUGACGAAGAAGAAGAGGAAGAAGAAGAGGAAGAAGAAAGCAGUAAUAUAAACAUGUUACAGACAAUUUCGUAAUAACAAAUAUAAGAAGAAGAAUGUACCUAUUUAAUAGUCUAAUAUUUUACUUUUGUCCCAGUGUUAGUGUACGUACCCUCCCAAAAAAUCAUUAAAGUCCUCCGAAAAAAUUACAUAUACUGUGUACAGAAAAAACUAUGUGAGUGCAGUGUAUUACCAUUUAAAAAUAUCCACAAAUAGGAGAAAUGGACUAAGGUGCAGUAAACAAAACGCAAUUGUUUUCUUUCCAUAUGACUUAUUGAUUCUUCAAAGUUGUAUUUAAUCUUUUAAUUGAAUUAUCAUGAGCAUCUGUUAAAUAAUACAUAAAAAAUACAUUAAAAUACAUUACAAAAAAUUACAAAAAAUACAUUAAAAUACAUUAAAGUAAUAUGUAAAGUAACGCGUAGAUUAUAAAAAUAAAAAUUCACAAAUAAGAAUUAUUAUACAUAAAUUAAAUAAUGCAAACGCCCUUCUGUAAUUUCGGCAAUCUACAUGACAGACAAACACAUACAAUAUAUUUCCUCUUGUUUUCAAUCAUUAAAGAAGGAAAUACAUGGCAGUAGUUGUUUGGAAACAAUCAGCCACCCCUUUUUAAAAGUCUACUUGUCUGUCCGACAUAUUAAGCAUUGUAAUUUUUGUAGGACAUCUUAUAUACAACAUUGCUACACAUCAUUUGGUGUUGUUUUUAUGUACAAAAUAACCGUAAUUUAUUUUACUGUUUUGUGUCCAAAUCAUAGAUCAUAGGUUCAAAUUGUUCUGAAAACAUAUGGGAUGUUAAAAUAUGAAAGCUAUUCGAUUUUUUGUUGUUCAAGUUAGAAAUAUUCAAAUUUACAUUCUUGUUAUACAUUUUGGAUAGUGUUUUUAAAUGUUUUUAUAAUAUUUGAAAUAUAAACGAAAGUAAGCAAGUAUUCAUUAUUUAACAAUGUAUCAAUUACAAAUUAAAAAUGUUUUUAUGAUAUUUCUAGUAAGAGUUGAAAAGCUCUGUCAAUUAAGCUGAUAAUGGUGCUUUUUUGGCAGAGAGAAUGUCGAGAUUCAAAGUAUAAGUAUAUUCUAGAAUAUGUAGAUGAAACUACAGUAACUACAGUAACUUAAAUUGUAAAUAAAAUAUUAUCUUUUGAAAUCAUUGUGACAUCGAAAAAAUUUAUUUGAUCAUUGGUUUUUCUCCUCCAUUGUGAAUUGUAAUCUUAUAUAAAAUGAACUAAAUGUUUUUAAAACGAUUUUGAGAAAGAGAACAACGAAAAAGAAACCGCCAAUAUAAUAAAAGAUUGUUCGAACAUUGUAUGCUUUCAAAUGACUACUGCCAUACAUUCCUUUCUUAAUAAACAUGGCUAAAACUGGAAGAAGGCAUAUUAUGCUUGUUUGUCGUAGAAAUUGCUGAAAACUCAAAAGAGCAUUUGCACUUAAUUUAAUUUAUGUAUGUAAUUUUAUAUUUGUGAAUUUUUAUUUUAUAGUCCAUGCUUUUAUAUUAUUUUUAUAUGUCUUAUUAUUUGACAGCUAAUAAUUAAGAGAUCGAAACAUACGACUUUGAAUAAUUAAUAAAUCACAUUGGAAAAGAAAAGAAUUUCCGUUUUGAUUACGACGCCUAACUUUCAAUUAGUCUAUUUUCCCUGUUUGUAGAUAUUCAAUACCAGGGUCUUCAACUUUGUUUUUCAUUCAAAAAUAUUUUGCAUAUCUCUAAUAGGGAGUUACAGUGUGAUUCACAUGCAUGGUACAAGAACUUUUUUUGCCAUUAGUGCAUUAGGUACACAAUAAUUUAUAAAAAUAUUAUAGUUUUGUGGUUUAGUAAAAUAUCAAGCAAAUGUACAAUUAUAAAUUUCUUAAAAAUAAUAUUAAGAAUAAUAGAUAAGGUUGCAUAUAUUAAUAAUAAGGAAAAGUAGUGUAGGAUAUCUUGACAUAUUUUCAAGUUUAUUUAUAAUUAUAGUAUAGAAGCUGAUCACACACACAACUUUCGCUAAUAAAUGGGAUGAAUAUCAAUUCUGUCAAAAGCAGCUCCGAAAGCUGAAACUGACAAGAAUAAAUGAGGCUACAAUGUGUAAAUAAAUGCUUAUUUGUGUCUUUGUUAUUUAUAUUAUGUCAAAUUUCGAAUUAGAUAUCAAUUUAAUAUUUCAACACAAAUGCGAAAUAUCAAGAAGGAAGUAAUUUAAAAAUUGUAUCAAAAAUAUUUUAUAUUAUCUAUUUAUAUAUAAUCAUCUUUUCUUAUGUUAAAAAUUGGGAAAUAAAUAGAAAAAAUUAGAAUAAGUUGAUGUAUUGGGUUCAUGGAGCAGAUUGAUGCAUUAUACAUAAAAAAAUAUAACAUUUUUAUUCAUGAUACAAUUAGAGAAGGCAAGAGUUUUUUGUUAAAAAAGAAGAAGCAAUAUAUACAUUAUUUUUUUUAUAACAAUAUUUGUUUUGUUUGCCAUUUGUUAAUUGGACAUCAAUAAUUCAAUGAAUAACAAUUUUGGCGAACUUCUAUGUGUAUUAUUUAUAUCAUUACAUAUAUGUACAUAUAUAUAUAUAUAUAUAUAUAUAUAUAUAUAUAUAUAUAUAUAUAUAUAUAAAACAUAGCGAAUUAAACAUGUUUUAUAGGAAGAAAUAAAUAUUGCAGGUUUAUUAUUAGAUUCGUGCUCUAUGUAUAUUAUAAAAUUGUCGCAACUUUAUUCACAUCUUAUAUUUAUAAAUAGUCUUUAAUACACGUAUAACUGUUUAAUAAACACAACCUCGCACGUAGUGUUUCCAACUUAAUUUAGAGGCAUGAUAAUUUGCGAUAAAAUAAUUAAAAACAAGAGUUUGGUCACACAUAUUGAUAAAUAAUUUUAAUUUGAUUUUAGGAGAAAUAUAUAACAAAACAAUCAUUGAAACAAUGGAUUUCUUUUAAUGAAAAGUAAAUUUAUAAGCUCAUAUCUUUUUAUCACUGGAAACAUUACAAUUUUCCAAUAAAACAUUAUACAUUUAACAUUACAAUAAAAUCGAUAACUUUUUAACAUUUUCUUGUUAAUAAAGUGAUACAAAAUAUAUAUCUUUAUGAAUAUAUCAGAAUGAAAAACAGUGUGUAAUUAUAAAUAUUCGUACAAUGUUGCUCAUGAAAAAAAUUAUUUCGCUUACCUUUUGUAAGAUUUGAGGUAACGAAAUAAACCUUGUAAAAAAUAUGUAUAAUUUUUUUUAUAUAUAAAUUGUACAAUUGUAAUUUAAUGAUUAAUUACUAUAUGCUGUCUAAAA